AUUUUUCAACUCCAGUCGUGUUUUUGUUUAUAAAACUUAACAUUUUGCAUGUUAUUUGAAUAAAACAAAAUAAACAUGGAUGACGAUUUUCCUACCGCUGAGUUCCAAAAGAAACUCAAAAGAUCCUCCAGUGAAGAAUUUGUCGAUUUGAAUUUCUUUGGCUCGGACAAUGAUAACACAAUGACUGAAAUCUAUUCACUUAAACGACAAACAUCAAGCAACAACGAAGCUGACCGAACAAGUGAUGAUAAUAAAAAAUUGGCCAAAUCAAAGAAAGAACUCGAAGAAGAAGAACGUGAAAAAAUGCAAGUCCUUGUCUCGAAUUUCACCGAAGAUCAACUCGAUAGAUAUGAAAUGUAUCGUCGAGCGGCUUUUCCCAAAGCGGCUGUAAAACGUCUAAUGCAAACUAUCACUGGGUGCUCAGUAUCACAGAAUGUCGUCAUAGCUAUGGCAGGAAUAGCGAAAGUAUUCGUUGGAGAGAUUGUCGAAGAGGCAUUAGAUGUUAUGGAAAGUGCUGGUGAUUGUGGAGCUUUGCAGCCGAAAUAUCUGAGAGAAGCUGUUCGUAGAUUACGUGCUAAAGGACGAAUGCCCAUUGGCAAGACCUCAAAGCAAUUUUUUAAGCUUAAUUAGAUUCCUUUGUUUUCUUCUCUUUUGUAAUUGUAAUAAUUUUUUUUGGUAAAUAUAUUUGAAUUUUUAAGUAUUAAAAGAAA